AAUGUACUAGCGCACUUGUCACCAUUUUGUCAAAUAAUAACUUUGUUUCAGGAUUUUUUUUACUAUUUGAUUGGUUUUAAUAACAGACAAAAAUGUUAUCUUCUUUUAAAAAUGCGUUUAAGUUAUGUAAAUCUGCAGUAAAAGCCAUAACGCCAAUGAGGAUGCCCGUAAGACAUUAUGAAAUUCCAAAGCACUUGGCAGAAGUGGGUUGCGAGCCCAACCCUGACUUCUUCAGGAUGGUGGAGUUCUUCUACCACAGCGCAGUGCGCGUUUGCGAGCCUUCGCUAGUCAAAUACCUCGCCAGGCACACGCACUUGUCUGAGAAGAAGAGACAGCAAAGAGUUAGCGGCAUCCUUAAAGUAAUGGGCUCUUGCAACAGCUGCCUUCAGAUGGAAUUUCCCUUGCAGCGUAAAAAUGGCAAUUACGACAUUAUACAGGCCUACCGUGUCCAACACAGCGUUCAUCGUCUGCCGUGCAAAGGGGGAAUCAGAUUUUCGGACGAAGUGAGCUUGGAUGAGACGAAGGCUCUCGCGUCCUUGAUGACUUUCAAGUGCGCCUGCUCUAACAUUCCUUUCGGCGGCUCCAAAGGAGGUGUGAGCAUCAACCCGAAAAAGUUUACAGUGGCAGAACUUCAACGUCUUACAAGACGUUACACAUUGGAGCUUGCUAAAAAGAACUACAUUGGUGCCGGUAUCGACGUGCCUGCUCCCGAUUAUAAUACCUCUGGCAGGGAAAUGUCUUGGGUUGUAGACACCUACAUCAAAACUUUAGGCUUCUCGGAUUUGAACGCAGCUGCGUGUGUGACUGGCAAGCCAAUUCAUGGCGGAGGCAUUCACGGGCGUGUGGAAGCCACUGGGCGCGGAGUGUUCAUGACCAUCAACUACUACAUCCACGAUACUCACUUCAUGAAACUCAUAGGAAUGCAACCCGGAUUUAAGGGCAAAACAGCAAUUGUCCAGGGCUUCGGUAACGUGGGCAGUUGGGCAGCUGUAUACCUGUUUAAGAAUGGAGUAAAGAUUAUUGGCAUCUGUGAACAUUCCGCCAACCUGACGUCUACUGAGGGCAUCAACCCAAUAGAGUUGAUGAAAUACAUGAGAGGGAACAAGAGAAGCGCCAAAGGAUAUUCGCAAGGGGGGGCCAAAGAAACGGGACCUGAUCUGUUAUAUCAGAAGUGUGACAUUCUUGUGGUCGCUGCGAAAGAGAAAACUAUCACUGCUGAAAAUGCACCUAAAAUUCAAGCUAAGAUCAUGGCUGAAGGUGCGAACGGGCCGACAGUGCCGUCUGCUGCCGACGUACUGCUACAGAGGAAGGUCCUGGUGAUACCAGACUUGUUGUGCAACGCCGGAGGUGUCACAGUCUCCUACUUUGAAUUCCUCAAGAAUCUUAACCACGUCAGCUUCGGCAAGCUAAGCAUAAAGUUCUGGAGAGACUCAAACACGGCACUUCUAGAUUCGGUGGAGAAAUCGCUAAAGGCAGCCAGCGUAAACGCAAAAGUGGCCCCGACGCCGGCGUUCGCGUCCUUCAUGUCCGGCGCUAGCGAGCAACACAUCGUGGGCACUGGUCUCGAAUACUCCAUGACCAAAGCUUGCGCGAAUGUGGCGGCCGCAGCUAAAUCCUACAACCUUGGCAUAGACUUGCGAACCGCAGCGUACAUCACAUCCAUAGAGAAGAUAUUCGCGACAUACGAUGAGCACGGCUUAGCUUUUUAACAUUAGUUAGUUGCCAUACUUAUCAAAUAAAUACGGAUUAAGUAUACGCCAGGGACUACCCUAGGGCUACGGUAGAGGGUCGACUGACUGGGACUGGCGAUCUGGUAGCUUUAUGUUAGUGAGGAAAGGAAAAUGAGCGGGGCGUGGACAUCAGACUAGCGGCGCGAGUCUUGGAUGUCCCUAAUUUAAAAUGAAGGCGCGAUCAUACAGGGUGACGUACUUCAGGGUGAAUUUCAGACCUGUGUAGGUAUAGUAAGUCCAACCUAGUAACAUGUAUGUGCAUGAACAAUACUCAAGUACAAUGUUUGUCCAGUUUAUCAACACAUUAUUUACGACACAAGACUAGGAUAAACUAAGCAAGCCGGCCGGGCAGUUAACAAAUAUUGGAGACUCGCUGUGAUAUGUAUUUUCUCACCUGUAAACCAAGUAAAUAUAAUUAUUGGUGUAACAGGAUUUCUCCCUAUAAAGAUUUUCUCUAAAAUACUAUUUGGCUCGCGGUUCAAUGUUUCACAACAUUACCGUCCUGCCACUUGACUACAUACAUUUUGGAAAUUUUGAAGGCAAUUUCUAAGCUGGCUUAUGUAACAGUUGUCCCGUCUUUAUCUUAUAACACUAGGAAGCUUAUAGGCAUGCAACUUAGUACAUUGCUUCCAGUGUCAUAUUUGAACAUGCAUUGUACUAAGGUAGCUUAGAGGAGUCAGUGGAGUUGGUGAUAUUUUCUUAAUUUUCCAAUUUGUAAUUCAAGUCUUAAAUACGUGAUUAAUAGAUUACAUGAUAGAUUUGAAAUAUCUGAGUAGUGGUACUUAGUUCGAAACAUGUGUGCAUUAAAAUAUAACAUUGCAUGCAUGACAAUAUUUGAAACUAAUACCAUGGCACAGCUAACUUUGUAUGAAAGUAUAAGAAAAUUAUAACUGUAGGUUGAAACGGGGUUUGUAAUCCUGUGAAUAAACCUACUGAUUUGUUCCGCCUAUUGGCUCGCUCUGACAUCAGGUUACAUAUAACCUUAGUAUAAUUAGAAUAAUAAAUAUAAUAUAAUAUAUAACCUCAGUACGUCAGUGCCUUAAUCUAAUAUAAUUACCUCAGCCCUGAAAUACACUUUCGAACACUCCUCACUCGUGACUAAAUACAAUGUAGCUUACUUGUACAUCCCAUUAUGCUUUCAGCACAUUCUGGACUGUCUGACAUGAUAUAAUUUUUUACAAAAUUAACAAAAGUGCCUGUUUUUUGCUAUUGUUAUUUGUUGAAAAUUGUUAUUUCUUGAUCAUUACAACGAUGAUCUUGAUAAUUAUUAUUUGUUAUUAAUUAUUAUUUAUUGUUGCUAAGUAUUUAUGAAUGUAUUGACUAUGGGCCACAGUGACUUUAGCGACUAUUCACGUUUCACCAUGAUGUUGUUAACUGGGACUUGCAUACCCAUAGUUAUUUUAUUUUUAAGAUAUUUUUACUAAAUAAAAGAUUAAAUUUUA